GUUCUGUAGGAGAAAAACCAACACAAAGCUAUUGAAAACCACUCAGCUAGGGGUGUUGACUCUAUGGUAAAAAUAAAAACAAUAUCAGCCUUGCUGGAGGUAUAAACCAACAGUGAGUUGGUCAAGGGUAUAAAUAUGACAUUGAUCACUACAUUUGAUCAUAACACAUUUAUACUUACUACUAAUCACUUCACAAAUUAACAAUGGUUGUAGCAGAAGAGAAACGUAUUGUACAAUGUACACUGGUAGGAGAUAAAACAACUGGCAAGACAUCCUUGGCUAGAUUCUGCUGUAAGAAGCUUCAGAGAACAGAUGAUACUACUGUAUUUGAUAGUUACGCAGCCACAGUCUCAAUGAAGAGAAACGAGACGCACACUAUUGGAAUUUUCGACUGCUCUUGUCAGAAUGAACACAAAGAUUUAAGACAUUUUGCAUACAAAGACAGUGAUGUUUUUGUUUUGUGCUACAGUGCAACAGACCGAAAAUCAUUUCAAAAUAUAAAAGACACGUGGCUUCCAGAAAUUCAGAGUUUUCUUGGACAUAAAUUCCCAAUCGUUCUUGUAGCUACUCAUGCUGAUCAAAGGAAUUCGUUGAACUUUGAUGAAGAUAUCCCAGUAACAAAAGAAGAAGGACUUGAAUUCGCUAAACAAAUACAAGCCGAUGCUUUUGUUGACUCUUCCGCUUUAAAUAAAAAUUGUGGACAUGAAGUGUUUCAAAAUGUCUUGUUGGCAGCUCUGAAACACAAGAAAAGGAAGAACAUUAUCCAAAGAAUUCUGAGAAAAUAAACUACCACGAAGAGAAACAUUAAUACUGUGCUUUAACUGUUGCAAGAACAUCUCUUCAAUUUCGUAUUUUGGUGCUAUCAACUUGUGGAGACAUUAUUUUACAAAUCCUACUAACUUAAUGCAUUGGACUUGUGCAAUUACUUUUUACAAUUUUCGAGACGUUAUUUAUACAUUUCUUUGUGUUCAACUUUCGUAUAUUAUUUAC